CUCGUUUGUCUUUUUCCCCUCCAUCGGCCCAGGCUUCCUGCAAUCUCGCUCCUCGCGUCUGUCCAACCCGUCCUCCUCCGUCUCCUCCGCACCACUAUCAACAUGAGCUGGCAAACUUACGUCGACACCAACAUGGUUGGCACCGGCAAGAUCUCCCGCGGCGCCAUCCAUGGCCACGACGGCUCUGUCUGGGCCACCUCCCCCGGCUUCAGCGUCCACCUCAACGAGGUCAAGGCCAUCCUCAAGGCCUACCAGGACCCCUCGGAGGUCCGUGCCAACGGUCUCCUCGUCAACGACGUCAAGUACAUUGUCCUUCGCGUUGUCGAUGACCGAUCGCUCUACGCCAAGAAGGGCAACAGCGGCAUUGUUGCCGUAAAAACCAAGCAGGCCAUCCUCAUCGGCGUCUACGAUGAGCCCAUCCAGCCCGGAGAGGCCAACAAGGUCGUCGAGUCUCUUGGUGACUAUCUCAUCAGCGUCAGCUACUAAAUCACCCUGGCGGAACACCGAAUCUCUUUCCUUUGCCUACUCUCCAUGCCUGCUGUCUUUCCCCAAAGAUGUGCCGACUCUGGUUCCCUCGGCACUGCCUGGGACAGAGCCAGCACGUAGUUCCGACAAUGUUCCAUACUCCCAAUACAGUUUGCUAAACAAAAA